AUGCAGUACCACAUUGCUGGCGAAGUCUCAAGCAUCGUUCUCCGCGACUACCAGGAGGAAAGCAUACAGUCGGUGCUUAAGUACCUAGGUGAAGGCCACCGACGUCUUGGAAUAUCGCUAGCUACUGGCGCAGGCAAAACUGUCAUAUUCACGCAACUCAUCGACCGAGUCCCGCCACAUGAUGCCAAAGCAACGAAGACUAUGAUUAUUGUACAUCGUCGCGAACUGGUCGAACAAGCAGCGAAACAUUGCCGACUUGCUUAUCCAGAAAAAUUCGUGGAAAUUGAGAUGGGUCAGAAUAAAGCCACCGGACAUGGCGACAUUAUCAUUGCAUCCGUACAAACUCUCUCCCGAGGGCGCAUUAACAAAUUCGAUCCCAGCGCUUUCAAACUCGUUCUUGUAGAUGAAGCACACCAUAUCGUGGCACGAUCAUACCGCGAAGUUCUAGGUUAUUUUGGAUUAAAUGAACCUACUCCCAACACUCCUGUGCUUGUUGGAGUCUCUGCGACAUUUGCACGAUUCGAUGGACUCAAACUCGGUGCUGCCAUCGACCACAUUGUCUAUCACAAAGACUAUGUCGACAUGAUUGAGGACAAUUGGCUGGCAAAUGCGGUUUUCACCACGGUCAAGUCAGAAGCAAAUCUUUCCACUGUCAAAAAAGACAAAUUUGGUGACUUUGCCCUUGGCUCGCUUUCCCAAGCUGUCAAUACUGCUAGUACGAACAACAUCACAGUUCGGACAUGGAUGGCCAAUUCGCAGGGCCGAAAAUCCACUCUGGUUUUCUGUGUGGAUGUUGAACAUGCCAGACAACUAACCGCGACUUUCCGCGAGCAUGGCGUCGAUGCUCGCUACAUCACAGCCACUACGCACAAGAACGUUCGAUCAGAGCAACUUGAAGCUUUUAAGAAUCAAGAGUUCCCAGUGCUGCUGAAUUGUGGCUUAUUCACAGAGGGCACUGAUAUUCCGAAUAUCGAUUGUGUGCUCCUAGCGCGACCAACCCGAUCAAGAAACCUGCUCAUUCAAAUGAUCGGGCGUGGGCUGCGUCUCUUCCCCGGAAAGGAGAACUGCCACAUCAUUGACAUGGUUGCCUCGUUGGAGACAGGGGUCCUCUCAACCCCGACACUCUUUGGUCUUCACCCCGACGAGGUCCUAGACAAGUCCAGCGCGAAGGAAAUCCAAGAAAGCAAUUCGGAACAAUCUAUAGCCCCCCCAGUGGAGUGUAUAACACCUCAAGGGGAAUCAGACGGAAAAAACCCAAAUCUAAAAUUCACAAAAUACGACAGCAUCUAUGAUCUUCUAGAAGACACCCAGUCCGAGAGACAUAUCAGGUCUCUCAGCCAAAAUGCCUGGGUCCGGGUGGACGCUACCAAGUACCUACUAUCCGAAUCUUCUGGAUGGUUAAGCAUCGAGCAAGACAACGAGAUGUUCACCGUGAACCACGUCAUGAAAUUCAACGACCCAACGACCGAGAAGAUUCAAUUCACCCGCCCACGGCUGAUUGCAUCUGGGCCGGACUUGGAAACUGCCGUCCGCGCAGCAGACACGUAUGCAGGCAAUAAGUUCGAAAAGCGAUAUAUCUCAUCCCGGCAACCCUGGCGGCAGAACCCAGCCACGUCGGCGCAGAUUGCAAUGCUGAACAAAGCCCACAUCCGAGACGGCAAACUGAAGACUGGAGAUCUAACACGUGGCCAGGCCACUGAUAUGAUUACCAAGCUAAAAUUUGGGGGCAAGAAACGGUUCAAGGAAAUUGAGGCUAAGCAACGCAAGAUGCAACGGAAAGUCGACGAGAUGGAUGAGUUGCGACGAAGGACUGAUGUCAAAGUUGGGCCGUUGGAAGGCUAA